CACGCUUAGAAACACAAAACUCAACUAUAUUCCCUUGUUUUCUUAUCACAAAACUAAAAUCAUAACAAAAUGGCUUUGAUUUUGAGGUUCUUUACAUGCCUUGUUUUGACGGUGUGCAUUGUUGAAUCAGUAGAUGCAGCAAUCUCAUGUGGCACAGUGGCACGUCAAUUGGCUCCAUGUGCUAGCUAUCUGUGGAGAGGCGGGAUGAUGAUUCCCUCAUGCUGUGCGGGAGUUAAAAAAUUGAAUGAUAUGGCUCAAACCACACUGGAUCGUCAGCAAGCAUGCAAAUGCUUAAAGGCCGCUGCACAGGGCAUCAACCCAAGUAUAGCCUCUAGCCUUCCUGGAAAGUGCGGUAUUAGCAUUCCAUAUACCAUCUCCAAGAACACUAACUGCGACACCAUCCAGUGAAGUGGGAACUCAUAUUUAUCGUGUGGAUG